AUGUCUUUCUUUGGAUUCGACACCAACCUGCCGAGAGAUCGCCAGGCUGCUCAGCAGACCAGAGGCAUAUUCGAGAACACAGAUCCGUUCGCUGAAGUCGCUCGCGCUCAAGCUCAAGGCUUGUCCAUCGACGAUGAUGCAAUCGAUUUUGAAGACACGUACGAUGGUCUCGGCGACCAGCUGGACGACGACCAGGAUGCGUUCAACGAUGAUACCUUUGGUGGUGGUGGUGGUGGCGGCGGCGGAGACGGCGUUGGAAAAGACUUUGAUUUCUUCGGCAGCACAGCUCAGAUCUCUGAUGUGAUCAAUGAAGAACAAGUCCGUUACAACCUGCAGCACAACCCAAAAUCGGCUCCGUUGGCGGCCAAGGAGGCUCCUGCUCCUGCUCCCGCUGUACAAGCGCCAUCAAUUCCUCGUCUUCCAAAGAAAACCGGUUAUGAGAGAUACCAGGAUCCUGGCUUCAUUCCUGAAAUUACGGCCAAGUCAAGUGUCUGGGGAACAACCCCUCAGACCACAAAGCCAGCGGUUGAGCAUGUACAACAGCCAGCUUUCGCAGCGCCUUCGCGGAAGAUGAUGAGUUUGGAGGAAGUUGAAGCUCAGCUGCGUCAUCAGCCACAGCACUUUGCGCACCCUCAACAGCUGCCUUACCCUGAAAUGGCUCAGGCGAUGGGCCGUCCUCCGCAAAUGCCUUUCUUGCCAGAGGCCGAGUUGAUUGCAAUUGAACAACAGGCUUUGGCAAUGGGUAUCCCGCCGGCACAGCUUCUACAGCGGUUACAACAGAUGCCACCUCCAGGGUUUAUGCCUGGACCACCACCUGCUCCGUUACCAAAACAAGCCCCAACGCAGCCCCAGCCGCAMCCGCAGCAGCUACGCCAGCCAGUUGCACCACCUGCUCAACGCCCGCCUCCUCAACAGCCACAAGCCGGACAACCUAGUCUACCAGUCAUUACUGACCCACAGCAGCUGAUGAAUCUUUCUGAGGACCAGCGUGUUGCCUACAUGCAGGAAGAUGCGAAACGUGCCAAGCGUAAUCACAAGAUAUUUAUUCUGUCUCGUGGUAACGGGUUGAUGACGCCACAAGACAAGAACUUCAUUACUCGAAUUCAGCUACAACAGCUCGUUGCUGCUACAGGAAAUGUGGUAGAUGCAGAUACGGAAUCGCUUCUUUCCGAGGACUUUUAUUACCAAGUGUUUAGCCAGAUCCGUGGUGCCCCGCGCCAACAUCCUCGUCAACCGUUGGGUCAUUUCGCUCAGACGUACCUUUUUCAGACGGGAAACCGCACUGGAGGUCAUGGUCGACGACAGUAUCAAAAUGCUGAUAACCACAUGCAGCGUAUGCAACAACAAGUGCAGCGUGCCGUUGAAGCCGCCAAAGCGAAGCCGAAGAAUCAGCAACUCAUCAUCGAAGGUAGUUUGGGUAAAAUCUCGUUCGGUAAUGCCAAAGCUCCAAAGACAUCAUUAAAUAUCAAGAGACCUGAAGGAGCAGAAGGUUUGAAGCCUAAACGAGCGACAGCAGAUCUCAGCGCCAGUGAUAGAAAAUCGGUAUUGAACAAUAUCGAGAGUGUCUAUAGUAUAUUAAUGAAGAUGGAAGACCUUGAGCGGACAAUGCCGCCACCACCAGAUGAGAACGAUCCUGAAUCAGUCGAACUACAUAUGGACUGGAGGCAGAAGAUGCAGACGCUAAACUCGAAGCUCUGGCAGAGCAUGAAGGUUCUCGAACCUAUCGUGCCUGGCUCGACAGUGGCGCACCCCUUCAUUGCUUUCUUGUCGUAUCCCAAAGGCAAGAAAGCCAUUCCCCGCCUGUUCCGCCAGAUCGAUCAGGAACAGCGUGUCACUGUAUUGACCAUGAUUGUCGUCAACCUUGACACCCUGGACGUUGUUCGUAAGGGUCUACUGAACCCUGGUGAAACACAAUUACCAGCCGCAUCUCGUGAAGAUAUCGAACUCUUUUCUCAAGCUGUCAUGCCAAGCCUACUUGGCUAUGUCAACGAGGCACCCUUUAACGUCAUCAUCGGUCUCCUCGGUCUUGUGCUCGCUCAAACGCACGUCCAAUUCGUUGCGCGAACACGAGUUGGAUUGGGAAUCAUGACCAUGCUGCUCAGUCGUGCAGCCAUCAUCAAAGAAGCUGGCCAAACAAAUGACCACGAAUGGCAGCAGUGGGUCGAAAAGUUCAACCAGCUUUUUGAUGCCUUGGAGCCUGGUUUGGCCGAUAUAUUCCCUGGAACAAUCAAUACUGGGGAUGAUAUGUACGUUUGGCAAUUCCUUGCAGCGAUUGGUAUUGGAGCUAGCCAAGAGCAACAGCAGCGGCUAGUUAUUGCUGUCAAGGAUCGCGUCAUGGAGACUGUUGCCCAGAGCAAAACUCUUCCGCCUGACAUGGCAAGCCAACGCCUCAACAACGUCAAUCUCUUCAUGCGCGCCAUCGGUCUCGACGUCGAGCUUCUCGGUUAA